UGAGCGCCCAGGCCUGAUUAGAAUAUUGGCGCGUCAAUAACACGAUCGCAUACGACUCUCAUACAAUAUUGAGCAUCAAUAAUUAAUCCUUCCACUUUAUAUUCCACCAUCAUGGGAUCCCUUGGCCUACCGCGUCUUUACAUCCUCGACACAGAUUUAUCCAACUUCCCCAAUCCCAAAGGUCGCAUUCUAUCAUGUUACACCGACGGCAGCGACCUUCGUACAGUCCAUGAUCAGAUGAAGACGAUGCCAGAUGGAAUCACAAUUGAUCACCAAAAUGGCUUCAUGUACUGGACAAACAUGGGUCCCACCUUCAAAUCCAACGAUGGCUCCAUCGAGCGCUCAAGAUUAGACGGCUCCGAACGAACAACCGUUGUGAGCACUGGUACGGUUGGUGUUUAUACUCCGAAGCAAAUCACUCUUGCGCGACAAAGUCGGAAGUUGUACUGGUGCGAUAGAGAAGGAAUGAAGGUUAUGCGCUGUAAUCUUGAUGGAUCUGACGUUGAGGUUCUGGUGUCAACUGGCUCAAGUGCAGAGGACAGAAAAGAUAUGUGCCGUUGGUGCGUUGGUAUCACAGUAGAUGAGUCAAUGGGAUACUUCUACUGGUCACAAAAAGGCCCAUCAAAAGGAUCCCAAGGGCGUAUCUUCCGAGCCAAGAUUGACAACCCAACACAAGUCGAGACAGUCUUUGACAAGCUCCCCGAACCUAUUGACUUGGAAUUCGACGAGAGCACACAAACUCUGUACUGGACAGAUCGUGGCGAUCCUCCAUCUGGAAAUUCAUUGAAUCGUGCUUCUAUCGGAGAUCUUAGCGCCGCGCUUGAGCGGGAGGUUCUAGCUAGGCGACUACACGAGACGAUUGGGCUUGCAUUGGAUAAGAAUACUGCAAAGGCGUAUGUGACGGACUUGUCAGGAGGUGUAUAUGCUGUCGACCUGAAGACGAAGACAAAAACAGUGCUGUUUCCCGAGCUGGGGGAUAUCACAGGCAUAGCAUUGGCGUAGACUAAGGUAGAAGGAUAAAAGUGUAUAGAAUAUUGAGCA